AUCCGCCCAUCAGUUUUAGCGAGUGGAUUCAUUUCCCCUUGUUAUUAGACAUAUGAUUACCGUCGUUGUCGAAUAGGAAAAGUUUUGUUUUUUAUUUGGGCGGCUAAAAUUUUCAGUUUCCCUCUCUUUCCCCAAAUUUUGCUUUUUAUUUGGGCGGCCAAAGCUUUCUGCUUCCCUCUCUAUUCCAAAUUUUCAUUCUAGUUUCGCUCUCUUUCUAAUUCACCCUAUCUACUAAGGGACUGAAGCCAAGAGAGUUCCGCCAAAAGGCAGAAGACAGAUUUUCGUGUGUUCUAUAUCCUGCAAGAACAUCUCUCUCACUCAUCGAUUCAUAGCUGCUUCCGUGUUUAAUGCUCAAUAGGUAUUAAUCUCUCAAUAAUAGAGCCAUCUAGAUCUGUAGUUCAUUAUGUUAGGUUUUCGUGUGUUAAUCUCCAACUGCUUUCCCAUUUCACUCCACGUCUUCUAUCGAUUCCCCCAUCUUUCUCUUCUUUCGGCCUAGGCUGUCUUGUUUCCCAAUCGGCGAUGUGGAGCAUCAAUUUCCCAUUCUUAGAUUCCUUAAGAUUGUAUCCUUCUGGCAAGUCUUGAGAUGGGCUUCUUGAAAAACUUGGAUUUUUAGGUUUAUGUAUUUUAAUCUUUAACUUCCCCCUUUCAUUCUAUAUGUUUGGUCGAUUCUCUCAUUUUUUACUUCUUCUAACCUUGUAUGCCCUGCUUCCCAACUGACAGUGUAUACGAACAUGGAAAUUUUGUUGCAUGUCAAGUAAUGCGACUUUGAAAGGGGAAACUUUUAUAUGCUCUGGUUUUUCUUGUUUCGUUUUUUCACUUUCAUCUCAAGGUCAUUGAUUUCAUUAAAGCUUGCAUAGGCAAUGGUUUUGGUUAGUUGAGGGUAUGUGAGGAAAAUGUUUGUACUCUUGCUGUCGUUUUUUUAUUUUGCUUUACUUGUCUCAAUUUGUUCUUAUUGUUGGCAUUAUAGUGUUUGAUUUUUUUCAUAUCGCAUUGUCCCCUAAUUUUGCUUUGCCUAUAUAAUUCUACUUACAAUCAAAAGAUAAUAUUGGAAUUUAGGACGCAAUGAAGUCAAACAAGGUUUUUGGUACUUCUAAGAGGAAUGCUGUGAAUUUCAUUCAACCAAGUUCUUUGAGGAAAAAUGUGAGGACUAGACAAUUCUUUUCAAGUAUAUCUACUUCUGGUGGAGAUUGCUCUCAUCACACCAUGUAUAGUGGAGCUCCAUCUAGAAGGGCACAUGUUUUUGAGACAUCGUCGAGUUCGAUACCAAAUACUGGACCUAUUGCAAGCACCGAUGAAGAUGACUUUGUGAUGCAUGUUGAAGGAGCCAAUGAAGUAGAAAGUAAUGCACCUAGCUUACAAGAGAACUUUACUGAACCCAUAGUUGUAGUAAAGAGAAAAGUGCGAAGCAUGAGCAAGUGUAAACGUGUUGGCAAACUCAGACCAGGAGAAAAGUUGCCGAUAGUGUUCUUCCGCAAUGGUCCAGUUGGGGUCAAUAAGAGUGAAUUUUCAAGGAAAAAUUUUCAAACCCUGAGAUGGAGGUAUAUAAGGGUCAUAUGAUCAAGAAGAUGAAUAAGGCGUGGACCAAUUAUAGGUGUGAUCUCAAUCGUAAUUAUAUAAAACCUUGUGCUUCCCCGGAAGAUGCCCUUGAAAAUGUGCCUAGCUGGAUACAAAAAGAUGAUUGGGAAUGGUUGUUGAAAAAGCAUUACCUAACUGAAGAGUUUGAGGUAAAUAUUGUUGAGUGCCUUCAAUUAGUUUUAUCAUUAUUAUGGUGAGUGUCUUGAUGCUUGAACAUUUUAUUCGUAGAAAAUAAGUGUAAGAAACGCAAACAAUAGAGCCCAAGGAUCAAUGCCUUGUCUUCUUGGAAGCAAGUCAAUCGGAGAGCAUAUGAAAAGGUAUUAGUCAUUUGGGAUGAUUUCAAUGUUGUUUCCCUCUAUUCUCUUCUGUUUUCUCUGUUUUGAUAAUUGUUAGGUUGGGUAGUUUGAAUGGUGGGUUGCCUUAGUAGUCAUGGUGCAUAUCUUAACUAUGUAGUUAAUUAAAUUUUGUUUAGAUAGACGAAGAAUGGAAUGUUCCAAGUUUUGCAACCAUGUUUUCUCUCUCACGUAAAAAAGGUGGAGCAAUCGAUCCUAAGUCUGCAGGAAAAGAGGUAUGCUAACUUUCGUUUAUGUCUAUACAGUCUAAUAUUGCUUAUACUAAACUAAUAUAAGGCCUUGUAAUUGUCAAUAGGCAGAAAUUAUUGAAAUUGUACAAAACAAUCCAGGAAUUGAUGAUUUGAAUCUUGUGGAGAAAUGCUUCGGGCCACAAAAUCAUGGUAAUGUACUCGGAUUUGGAGGUGGGGUAACUGCUAAAGAAUUAAGGGGUUCAAGUAAGGAAACAAAUGUCGAGGUUGCAGCUCGACUACAACGUAGUGAAGAAGAAAAAUCUGCUUUAGAAGAAAAAAAUGCAGCUCUUGAAGCUGAAAAGUUAGCUAGUGCAGUUGAGAAGGAAGCACUACAAAAUCGUAUUGUCAAUGUUGAGGCUAAUUUUAUGGUCCAGAUUAAUAGCUUGAGAGAACUAGUUUUACUCCAACAAGCUGCUUCAAGAGUUCCUCUAGCUACCCAAAAUCAACCCAUCUAAUCAGGUUUGCUCUGUUUUCUCAUCCAAUCUUGAAUGUUUCAAAUUUUAGACCUUUUCAAUCCUUUUGAUGACAUGUUCAAGAUGACAUAACAGAUUCAUGAAUAAAGUUUUAUAGAAUUUGUCAAUUUGUUUAUUGUCAUACUUGUAGCAGUUAGAACUCUGAGUAUGUAUCCAUUGAUGUAAUACAUGAAUGUGAUUUUAUUAUGCAUAUCUUUUCAUUGAAAUGUUUCUGCUGUUCAUUGGCAGCAUUCGUUGGCAUCAGACAAAGUUGUUUGUCUAUAUAUACCUUCAACUAUCUGAUAUGAAAUAUCUUUAGAAAAUUUAUAUUUUUCUAGCAUAAGUUCAGAAGUUAAUAUUGGUUGUCUUUCGUGUACAGGUGCGGACUUAUAUGUUAUUGGAUUCAGUGGACAAAGCCAGCAUGGACAUUCUGUAUAUUCAAUGUCUUUUGAAUUUUUGCCAGGCUCUAGUUCUCAUGUCCACUAUUUUGUUUAUAAGGUUACAAUAUUAAGAAUACCUUCGAUGAGAAGUCAAUAUUGUUGCCUUAUUAUCAAAGAAUAUAUGUUAAAUUUUAAA